UAGUUUCCUGCGCCGCUGUGACUUUUAGAGAAGAGCCCGCAUGGGUUCCCUUACCUGUGCGCUGGUCUUCGUUUAUAGAGGAUUAUAAAAUAAAGUAUUAUGAGUUUAAAACGGAUGAAAAGAUGAACGCGCUCCGCCGCUCGCCCCGCGUCCUCUCUCAGCUCUGCGGCGGAGCUGCGUGCAGAGUCAGAGCCGCUCACCGCAGAGAGGAGCAGCGCCGGACACUCAGGCCUGAAGCGCCAUUCACAGGCUUUACACACUCGGACAGUAAAGUCUGUGGCCUUACAGCCUUUAAGGAGCUUCACUCACAAACCAGCACCACCUCUGGAGGAGGUGCAGAUGGAGGAACGUACAGCAGAGGGCAGACCGCUCACCUCCGCCGGCAGCAGCAGCAGGGCGGGUCAGUCGUUUUUAACCUGGACGUGAUGGUGUCGCUCCUGAGGCAGGAAAACGCUGAGGACAUCUGUGUGAUUCAAGUACCGGAGGAGCUCAAAUACACAGAGUACUUCAUUGUGGUCAGCGGAUCAUCUGCCAGACACCUGAGGGCCAUGGCGCUCUAUGCCAUCAAAGUGUACAAGUUUAUGAAGAAAGAAUGCGACCCACACGUCCACAUCGAGGGGAAAGAUGCUGAAGACUGGAUGUGCAUUGACUUUGGCUGUAUGGUAGUGCACUUCAUGCUGCCAGAGACUAGAGCAACGUAUGAGCUGGAGAAGCUGUGGACACUGCGCUCCUAUGAUGAACAGUUAAACAGCAUCCCAAUCCAAAGUCUCCCUACAGACUUCAUUUAUGAUGCUGAAACCAAGUGACCUGGACUGGAGUCCAGGAAUUUGCUCUGACUGUACUGUUAAGACGAGACUGUGAGAUGUACUCAAACAAAAACUGCUGUUUAAACAUUUGAUUAAAGCACCUCAAUCAAAUGUCAUGGUUUGGAGAAAAA